AUGCCCGAAGUCGAUCAUAAGAUAGUUAAAAAGAGGAAUAAGCCAACGCUAAGUUGUUUGAAUUGCCGUAAAAGAAAGACAAAAUGUGACAGACAGAUGCCUUGUUCCUCUUGUAUUCAUGCAAAGAGGGCUAAUAGCUGCUCUUAUGAUCUGAGAUGGAUGAAUCCAGCUUCACAAAGAAGUAAUAGUGAGGAUAAUGAAAUUAAUGUUCAAAGUAAUGACAUCAAGAAAGAUGAAAAUGAGCUAUCGGAUGAGCUAAAAUCGUUGAAGCUGAAAAUUAAUAAUUUGGAAUCGUUUAUACGACACGAAUCGGUUGAGCCAACAAGUGGCAACGCGCAUUCUUUUGAGAAUCCGAUACAAGAUCAAACUUAUGAUACUUAUUUACCAUUUAGGAAUCCAAUUGGUCCAGCAGACGAAACGAUCAAUUUCUAUGCGGGAUACGAUUCAAUAUUUCUAAAAUGCCCUUCAAGAAGAAUUCAUUUUGGCCCACUUUCUUGGGUUUCAAUUUUGAGAAAGGAUCCUUGGUUAUCGCUGCUCUGGUCAUUUCAAAUCACGAAAGUGACCCCUUGCUAUUUUUCAAAUUCUCCUGAUAUGUUUCAUAUAGCUAAGGUGGCUUUAAGUUCUCCCGAGGAAGUAGAAGAAAAAGGAGGGCAUGUCUCAGCGAAUUCUUUUAAAAGGAUGGUUUUAGUUAACGAGGGAUUUGCAGAUGUUGUACCAUUUAAGUCAAUGAAAGAAAACAAUUUGAACCAACUGCUUACAUCUAACUAUAGCAAUAUCACAAUGACGAGGAGCUUGUUCGAAGGCAGGUUCACAACGGAGAUGGAUUUGGUUGAAAAGAUCACCAAAAUUAUGCCUAGCAGGAAGCUCACAUGGUCCCUUAUUGAUAGAUUUUUUGAGAAACUUUACAUUUUCAUGCCUUUGGUAGAUGAAUCUUUUAAAGACGAAUUAAGUAAGAUAGUGGGUCCUGUUAGUUAUGACGAUGUGCCGAUAGAGAAACUUAAAAUCGAAAAAAAGUUAGACUUAGCACUCAUUGCAAUUGCUUUAAUCAUUAUGAGAAUGACAUUUUUGUUCCAUUUUUCAAAUAGAAAUGUUGUUAAUGAACAUAUAAUGAAUUCGGAUGAUCCAGGGGUUGAUAAAAUUUCAAAAUAUAUUCUUAAUAAUCCAAUUAACUUGGUAGCUAUCGAAGUUGCGGAGCAAUGUGUAGACUGUUUUGAAUAUGCUAGAAAAACAAAUAUCUUGGUAUUUCAAGCAGUCUUAUUCAUGAGAUUAUAUCAUGUAUAUGCUCCAGAACAUGGUGAUCUUAUUGACGGAGGAGACUCUGAAGUCUCGAGUGCCGUUUUAAUUCAAAUGGCUAAUUCCUUGGGUCUUAAUAGAGACCCUGAUACUUUUUUUACUCCCUCUGGUGAUGAAAAGCUUAAUCACUUGGGAAGGAAAAUUUGGCACUUUGUGAUCAGAUUGGAGAAGAUCAAUAUUUAUGGAGCAGGGAAUGUAUUGACGAUAAAUCCUAAUAAUUAUGAUACGAAGUUGCCAUUCUUGAAGAAAGGAAACAGUAACACCAGUAACAUAGAACACGAGAAAGCUAUUGUUGAUACUUUUGCGUGGUUAGCAAAAAACUUGAAUUCUUAUGAGAAAAUAACUGCGUUGAUACUUAAUGUUAAUGAACCCGCAAGAAUUAAUGGGUUAAUUCAAAUCAUGGACGAGAUAGAAUACAUUGCCCAUAGAGACCUUUUUGUUUUGGGUAAUCCAAAUAUUGAAAGUGCAAGCACAGAUCCUUAUACUAGUAAAUAUUAUGAGGUAGCGAAGACUCGCCUCUUUCUUGCAGUUAAGUGCUCUUUGGUUGUGUUGUAUUUUCAUUUGUUUCUUCAUUAUGAGGCCACGAAACCAGAUUAUGCUUCUUUUUAUUUGAAGAAAUUAUAUUACGUUAUUUGCAAUGAACUCUCACCAUAUAUUUUUGAAAUUUUAAGAGGAAGGUAUGCGGAAUUUGCACUUAUUUUGAAUCCUGAUCUACAAAUGGUGUUUCAACGUACUAAUCAGGUCAAUUUUGCAUGCUAUUUGAGAGCAAGGUUUGCACAACACACUAUGGAAUUACAGGCAGAUCAUUCACAAUUGCUUGAUAUAGAUAUAGAUUACAAGAACAAAUAUGACCUUUAUUGUGCAUUGACGGAUAGUACAGGAAGAGCUAUGUCUGUAUUUGUUACAGUUUUAGAAAGAAUCUCGUCCAGAUACUACUGUGCUUGGAGAAUGUCAAAAGCCCACAGAUAUAUAACAAACUUCAUUCAAGGCGAAGGCUUCUUCAAACUCAAGCCACCCCAAAAUUUGAAACCCCUUUCAUACACACCGAAGCACAUUUCAGAGAUUAGGGACUAUGCUGCCUCUGCUGCUUCAAGAGUGGAAAGUGUAUUAAGCUACGAAGAUUCGGUAGAAAAACAUCCCAAAUUCAAUUAUGUGAAAAUUCACCUGCCAAAUCAAAAAUUUGAUCCCAAUAUCAACGUAUACCCUUACGGAAGUAAUGAAGAUAUCGAUCAGGUGUGGUUACGAAUGAUGGCGAUGAAGAAAGGGCCCAUAAUUCCAAAUCAAUCAAAUUUAGACAAUACAUCAACUGUGAAUUUAGAAACAGGGCAAGAAAAUGGCACUUUCGAAAAUGUUGGUAUAUUCGAUAAUCUGGAAGAUGAAGAAACAUUUUAUUAUGGAGAUCUAAUUUCGAAUGCUCUCAGUAAAGAUUUCGGAGACCUAAGUAGCUUUUUAUGA